AUGUACAAUCCUAUUAAGCUUAAAAUGAAAGCGUUGGCUUCAUCAUCGCCACCAGACAUCUCACACUAUAAACCGGAUCGAGGAUUUUGUUCAGAUUAUUUAUACGCUUUUGGACAAUCAGUUAGUCAAUCCCGAUUCCAUGCGAUGUAUAUAUGGUUCAUGAUCAUAUGGAAACUGGAUGAUUUUCUUAAUUAUCACAUUCUUCUUUUUCAACGGAUUUUGUGUAAUUUGGUUGAUGGUGGCAGCGAAACAUCCAUCUAUGUCAAAAUUGAAAGGAGAGGUAAGAGUCCAAGAUUGAAAGGUGAAAAAAAGGGGCUCUUUGCUACAAGAUCACCACAUCCAUACCUAAUUGGUCCUACAGUAGCAAAAGUAAAAUAUAUCACCACAUUGUGUCAAUUACAUUAUGCAUAUGCUCAAGUUGAAAGACAUGUGAGGAUGCCUUGA